GUGAGAGUGUGUGUGGUGGCGGGUCCCUGGCGGCGCGCUACACACCCGCCCCCUGCCCGCACCAUCGCGCAUGCGCACACAAUCAAUACUACGCUCAGUGUAAACAAAAAUGGCCGCUCGCAAAUUCACAGCGGAAGAUGUUGAAGCCCAAAUCAAAGACAUUCAAAACCGAAAGGCCAAUCUGGCCAAGGAAACACAACUGCCUGAAGGACUGAGCAAGGACGAGGAGCGUGUGAGGCUCGAUGGUGGAGGCUACUUCGACAGUGAUAUUUAUGAUAUUUCAAAUGGAAAUAAAUAUGCAAAUUAUGUUCAGUCUAUUGGUGUGGAUGACCUGGAUGAUGAAGAUGAUGAUGGAGGGACCACCUUGGGGAAGAAGGGGGGUAAUGCAUACACAGCCCCCCAGCUCUUCCUUAAUGAAAUGGUCGAUAAAGAUCAUGACCCUAUGGCUCAGUACAAGAGGCCCACCAUUGCUGACAGAGAAGAUGAAUACCGUGCUCGCCGUAUUAUGCAGGUCAUUUCCCCCGAGCGCAUUGACCCGUUUGCCGAUGGAGGGAAGACACCAGACAUGAAUGCCCGCACCUAUGCCCACAUCAUGCAGGAAGCACGUCUCAAGGGAGAAGAAGCACUAAUUCGGAAGACAAUGCAAGAACGUUCAAAAGAAGGAACUCUCCAGGCUGUGGCGACCAAUGGUGAGGCUCCAAAAGCUGCCCCUAGAAAGCGCGGUCGUUGGGAUCAGACAGCUGACGACACUCCUCAACCGAAGAAGAAAUCGACUUGGGAAGCGGAAACUCCAUCCAUUGCUCGUUGGGAUGAAACUCCUGGUCGAGCUAAGGGGGGCGAAACACCUGGAGCAACUCCUGGGCAAAGUACCCGCAUGUGGGAUGCUACCCCUGGACAUGCUACCCCUGGUCAUGAAACUCCGGGUCAUGAUAAGUUGACACCCUCUGCUCGUCGAAAUCGGUGGGAUGAAACUCCAAAAACAGAUAGAGGAGAAACUCCAGGACACAAUAGUGGGUGGGCCGAGACUCCUCGCACUGAUCGUGGAGCUGGUGAUCUUAUUCAAGAAACCCCAACUCCAAGUGCAAGCAAGCGACGUUCAAGGUGGGAUGAAACUCCUGCAGCACAGACUCCAGUUGCCACACCAUCAGGGGCUUUGACUCCAUCCACACCCCACACUCCUAGCAUGACUCCAGGAAUGAUGACUCCAGGUGCUAUCACCCCAGGAGGAACAACACCAGUAGGACCUAAAGCCAUUGGAAUGGCAACACCAUCACCUGGACAGCUGGUGAACAUGACUCCUGAACAGAUUCAUGCCUUCCGUUGGGAGAGAGAAAUUGAUGAAAGAAAUCGCCCCAUGACAGAUGAGGAACUUGAUGCAUUGUUUCCACCAGGAUAUGAAAUUCUACCCCCUCCACAGGGAUAUGUACCUAUCAGGACACCAGCCCGUAAACUCACAGCAACGCCUACACCUAUGAUGGGUACACCACAAGGCUUUUUCAUGCAGAAAGAAGGCAUGACUCCUAAACACGAAGAUUCUCAGCCAAAGGGAAAUCUUCCAUUGCUAAAACCUGAGGAUGCACAGUAUUUUGAUAAGCUACUUCAGGAUGUUGAUGAGGAAAGCUUGAGCCCUGAAGAACAGAAAGAAAGGAAAAUUAUGAAACUUUUGUUGAAGAUAAAGAAUGGUACACCACCUAUGCGUAAAGCAGCUCUCCGCCAGAUUACAGAUAAGGCCCGUGAGUUUGGUGCUGGUCCUCUGUUCAACCAGAUCUUGCCACUUCUGAUGUCCCCAACACUGGAAGAUCAAGAACGCCAUCUUCUGGUUAAAGUCAUUGACAGAGUUCUCUACAAAUUGGAUGAUCUUGUUCGUCCUUACGUUCACAAAAUUUUGGUGGUUAUUGAACCUUUGCUUAUUGAUGAAGAUUAUUAUGCUCGUGUAGAAGGCCGUGAAAUUAUCAGUAAUUUAGCCAAGGCAGCUGGUUUAGCAACAAUGAUUUCCACAAUGAGGCCUGAUAUUGACAACAUCGAUGAAUAUGUACGUAAUACAACUGCUCGAGCUUUUGCUGUUGUGGCAUCUGCUCUAGGUAUUCCUUCCCUCUUGCCAUUCUUAAAAGCUGUGUGCAAAAGCAAGAAAUCUUGGCAGGCUCGGCAUACAGGCAUCAAAAUAGUGCAGCAGAUUGCCAUUUUAAUGGGUUGUGCUAUAUUGCCCCACCUUCGUUCUCUUGUGGAAAUUAUUGAACAUGGUCUAGUUGAUGAGCAGCAAAAAGUACGUACAAUCACUGCUUUGGCUUUAGCGGCUCUGGCUGAAGCUGCUACUCCAUAUGGUAUUGAGAGCUUUGAUUCUGUUUUGAAACCUCUGUGGCGUGGUAUCCGUCAGCACCGAGGAAAAGGUCUUGCUGCCUUCCUUAAAGCAAUUGGAUACCUUAUUCCACUUAUGGAUGGAGAAUAUGCUGAUUACUACACAAGGGAAGUGAUGCUGAUUCUCAUCCGUGAAUUUCAGAGUCCUGACGAAGAGAUGAAGAAAAUUGUGUUAAAAGUGGUGAAACAGUGUUGUGCCACUGAUGGUGUUGAACCUGGGUACAUUAAGGAAGAGAUCUUGCCACACUUCUUUAAGCACUUCUGGAACCACAGAAUGGCUCUUGAUCGUCGUAACUAUCGCCAGCUCGUUGACACCACGGUUGAAAUUGCAAAUAAGGUGGGGACGUCAGAGAUAGUCAACCGCAUUGUUGAUGACCUAAAGGAUGAAAAUGAACAGUACCGAAAAAUGGUUAUGGAAACUAUCGAAAAAAUUAUGGCAAACCUUGGAGCUGCCGAUAUAGAUUCCCGACUUGAAGAACAACUUAUUGAUGGCAUUCUGUAUGCUUUCCAAGAGCAGACAACUGAAGAUGUUGUUAUGCUCAAUGGCUUUGGCACAAUUGUGAAUGCACUAGGAUCUCGAGUUAAGGCCUACCUCCCUCAGAUUUGUGGUACAAUUUUGUGGCGACUGAACAACAAAUCUGCAAAAGUGCGUCAGCAAGCUGCAGAUUUGAUAUCCCGCAUUGCCGUCGUGAUGAAAACAUGUCAGGAAGAGAAACUGAUGGGUCAUUUGGGAGUUGUGUUGUAUGAGUAUCUCGGUGAGGAGUACCCAGAGGUACUCGGGUCUAUCUUGGGCGCCCUAAAAGGCAUUGUUAAUGUCAUUGGCAUGCACAAAAUGAAUCCACCUAUCAAGGACCUGUUACCUCGUCUCACUCCAAUUCUCAAGAACAGACAUGAAAAAGUGCAAGAAAACUGUAUUGAUUUGGUGGGACGCAUUGCAGAUCGUGGGCCAGAGUAUGUGAGUCCUCGCGAAUGGAUGAGGAUUUGUUUCGAGUUGUUAGAACUUCUGAAGGCUCAUAAGAAAGCCAUCAGAAGAGCCACUGUCAACACAUUUGGUUAUAUUGCCAAAGCUAUUGGCCCACAUGAUGUGUUAGCCACACUACUAAACAAUCUCAAAGUUCAGGAACGCCAAAAUCGUGUGUGCACAACUGUUGCUAUUGCCAUAGUUGCAGAGACAUGUUCCCCUUUCACUGUCCUGCCUGGACUUAUGAAUGAAUAUAGAGUUCCUGAGCUGAAUGUUCAAAAUGGUGUUCUGAAAUCUCUCUCAUUUCUCUUUGAAUACAUUGGAGAAAUGGGGAAAGAUUAUAUAUAUGCUGUCACAUCCCUGCUGGAAGAUGCCCUCAUGGAUAGAGACCUGGUUCACAGACAGACUGCUUGUGCUGCUAUCAAGCACAUGGCUAUUGGAGUCUAUGGAUUUGGUUGUGAAGAUGCAAUGGUUCAUCUCUUGAAUUAUGUUUGGCCCAAUAUAUUUGAAACUUCUCCUCACCUGGUUCAAGCCUUCAUGGAUAGCAUUGAGGGGCUUCGUGUGGCACUAGGACCUCAGAAAAUUCUACAGUAUGUACUGCAAGGACUCUUCCACCCAGCCAGAAAAGUACGUGAUGUCUAUUGGAAAAUUUACAACAAUCUUUACAUUGGUGCACAAGAUGCCCUUGUGGCUGGAUACCCACGGAUAAUGAACAUGGGGAGUAAUGUUUAUACCAGAGACGAAUUGGACAUUAUUCUGUAAAUUGCUAGUAUUCUUAUUUAAAAUAAGCUGUAGUGUGUGUGACAUCUGUACAUCUGUCUAUUGAGACUGUAUGAAGCUGAGGCUGGAACUAGCAUGUUAGCUCCUGUGAUUUUUUUUUCCCCCAUUUAACUUGCCAUUUGAGGCAGCAGCCACCAUAGAUAUGGAGGGGUUUCUACCCCUCAAAGCAAUACAAGACUUAAAUUUUUAGCAACUUGUGGUUUUGUACAAAAAAAAGUAAUAACGUAUAGUUCAUCAGGCUUAUCAUAACGUAACAUUGGUACCUUGUGCAGUGUGCUUGUACUGUGUCUCACUGCAUCAGAUGCUCGGUUAUGUAAUAUAUAAUUGUCCAUCUUACAAUUUUAAUUGCCCUUGAAAGAAAACAGGCACUAAGUUAGUGUCAGAUGUGCUCGAGUACAAACUUGACAUCUAGAGAGCACUGAAAUAAUAAUUCUUGAUGUUUCAAGACACUCCUUUAAACGAAAAUCCUUUGUAAAUAUGUUCUUUUCUCCCAAAGUAAGUUUAUUGUACUUUAUUUCAUAGAUUUUGUAUGGUCACUCAUUACAGAAAACUCUUACUCAUGUUACAGAAAUGUAGGUGUUACCAUGGUGUCCUGGUCAUUGUGCUAUUUUUGACAGGUCCAUACAAAACAUUAAUUUAUCACAUCCAUCAUUGGUUUGUGAAGUGACCACUCAAUUGCUGGUCAUUUGUAUAUAUUUAUAUAUGGUUAAAACUCUUUCCUGUAACAGUUGAUUAAUGGUUUUCUUUUUACAAUUUUUCACAUUUUUAAAUUCAUAUUGGUCAACCAAUUUUAUUUCCAUGUGCGAGAGCAAUUCAAGGUUCAUUAAAGUCCAUAAUUGUUGUAUUGUAAAUACAACUUCAGAUUUGGGAUAAGGUUUAUAUGAUGAUUUGUAUUUUUGAUUAGAUACUCACAUUUAAGAUUGAAGUACUGUAAUAUAGAAAAUGUGUGUGUAUGUGAGGGAGGGGGGGGGGGGGUGACAUGUACCAGAAGAGAGUUCAGUACUGGGAUUAUGUUUAUCUCAAAUAUAAACUUGGUGACAUUUAGUCCUGUCUUGUACUUCUCUACAUGACCAGAUUUGUUUGAAUUAAUAAAAAAUAUGUGGG